GCUUGCUUACAGAUGUCACAGAGAUGAAGUACCAGUGAGAAAGCGGGGAUGGGGAGUGUUUUGUUUGGUUUCUGAACAUAUUUCCACAUGAUAGGGUUGGGGUCCGAAGUGCAGUGCCCGGUGAAAAGAGAGACAUAAAAAACACAAACAUAUCCCUUUGUUCAACCAUAUUCGGUUUCUUUGUUUGGGCCCAGGUGGAGCCUCCACCAUACCUUCUCCUUCCUAUAAGAAUACUUCCUUUUCUUUCCUGCUCCUCUAAUUCGUGCAAACCCCUCACAAAAAGAGCAGAGUCAAUCAUUAUCACUCACUCAAACUCCAAGAAUGAUCCAUCCAUCCAGCAGAGAGAACUGAGUGCAAAAAAGGUUCACUGAAUUCUUAGAGCCAACCAAUUAGACUUUAAAAGAAAAGGCAAAUAAAUCCCAUUAUUGAUAAAGAAGAGAUGAAGAUGAAAAACUCUACAAUUGGAGGGUCUAAGAGGAGGUGUUCAUGCAAGGGAAUUGGAGGGUUCCUUAGGGAAGAAAGAGGUAGGCUUUACAUAAUAAGAAGAUGUAUUAUCAUGCUUCUCUGCUGGCAAGACUGAAAAUAUGUGGGGGGAGAAAUUUUAAGUAUCUCUACAUAUGUUGCUGCUUGGAAGCUACCUGCUACUAGCUUUAGAUUUUCUUUCCUUUUCUUUUUUUUUUUUCUGUUAUAUGUGUAUAUCAUAUAUAAUGAUCAUCUUUUCUUGUCUUUCACUCUAUGUGCUCCUUUCCUUGUCCUCUCCUUCUCCCUUGCUAUA